UGCUAUGGAGAUGGAUAGCCAUAUGUUUCAAUGUGUUGGUAAUGAAUGCAUUAAAGCUAUCGCAAAGGCGCUAGAUUUGCCUCUUUAUAAACGCGAACUAUCAGGUUCAGCAAUUUGUAAAGGUUUUGAUUAUUAUUCAUCGGACCUGGACGAGGUUGAAGAUCUCUUUAGAUUGAUACAAUCUCUUUUAAGUUCUGAUCCGGAGAUUAAAGGUGUUGCUGUCGGGGCUAUAUUAUCUAAUUAUCAGCGGAUCCGUGUUGAGCACGUUUGUGCCAGACUUAACAUGAUAUCCCUGGCGUUUCUCUGGCAAAGGGAUCAGUUAGAAUUACUGGACUGUAUGAUUGCUUCAAAUCUAGAUGCUAUAAUUAUUAAGAUAGCUUCCUUUGGUCUCUCAGUGAAUCGUGAUUUGGGCCAACACAUUUCUAAGGCAUUUUCGAAUCUUCGAAAGCUAGCCUCAUCUUCUGUCCCAUUGAAUGCUUGCGGAGAGGGUGGAGAAUACGAAUCCAUCACUCUAGAUUGCCCUAUAUUUAAAAAACAGAUUGUUUUACAACCCAAGCACAUUAAGUGCGUCGUCUCCUCUUCAGAUCCGUUUGCCCCUGUUGCACAUCUUCAAAUUUUGCACUUUGAUUUAUUGGUUAGUUAUGUUUCUUGCUGCUGCAUAUGCAUCCUUUCUAUUUUCUGUCAUAAUCUUGCUUCCAUAUUUAGCCCUUAA